CGUAAUGUAACCUCAGCAAGUCGGCGGCGAUGUAAGGCAGGACUAGGCAGCGCGCCUCCCAGACGCAGAGUAGUCUGUGAUUGGCUCGGGCUGAGAAACCUCAGAAACCCGAAAGUGAGGACCUCACAGAUGCACAGCUGCCGCCCCCCGCAGAAACCCGAGCCCGGUCAGAAUCCAGCUGGCGGCGGCGGCAGGUAAAGAGAACAUGUUUUCCAAAGAAAGUAACACAGUUCAGAAGGAAAAAUAAAAAGAAAUUGCUUCAUAUUUUAUUUUACAGUAUGUAAGAAAAUCUACAAUUUCUUCAAGACACUCAAGGAAGCAGUCAUGUUUCAUGAGUCCUCAGAACUGUGAGACAAGAGAAUGUAGUAGAGUGAGGCCAGAAGUCCCUACUGGCUCAGAACUCCAGGGAAACUGGGAUAGAACAUUUUACAUUAUAAGUAGAACCCCAGCAGCCAGAGUUGAAACACAAGUUUAUCUGCACAGCUCCACUGCAGGGCUGAUCUGGGUCUGGAAGAAAUGGAUGAGAACCACUGGAUGAAAUUCACUAAUACUAGACACCUGAGUCCUCUAGUAAUGUAUAAACAUCCCAACUAUUGUCUGUUGUCAUUUUGUUCUUUUUCUUCCUCUUUUGUAACCUAUUUUAAAUGGAACUUCAACGCUACAGUUUUGUUUUUUUUGCUUGCUUCUGUCACUUGCUUAUCACCCUUAAUGUGCCUUAGUCUACAUUACCUUUGGUUUACUUCCACUUGGCCCUUUUAUUUAUGGCUGUCACAUAAAGCGUCUAAUCAAGGUUUUUGUUUUGUCUUCCUUCGUAAUAAGAUUUGCACGUUUGGUUGAUAGGCAUAUUUUCAGUUACAUUUUUUUCUCAAAACAACUGAUUUUGGCCUAAAUUUACUUAAACUAUUUUUAAAACCAUUUCUUUUACAGAGAUUUGAGUGAACUUUGCUAAGUAUGGAUUCAGGUGGCGGAAGUCUUGGAUUACACACAUCAGACUCUAGAAUGGCCCAUACCAUGAUUAUGCAGGAUUUUGUGGCUGGAAUGGCUGGUACUGCACAUAUCGAUGGAGACCAUAUUGUUGUUUCAGUUCCUGAGGCUGUAUUAGUUUCUGAUGUUGUCACAGAUGAAGGGAUAACUCUUGAUCAUGGCCUUGCAGCUGAAGUUGUCCAUGGGCCUGAUAUCAUCACUGAGACUGAUGUAGUAACAGAUGGUGUAAUUGUUCCUGAAGCUGUACUGGAAGCUGAUGUUGCCAUUGAAGAAGAUUUAGAGGAAGAUGAUAAUGAUCACAUCUUGACUUCUGAGCUAAUUACAGAAACCGUUAGAGUACCUGAGCAGGUUUUUGUGGCUGACCUUGUUACUGGUCCUGAUGGACACUUAGAACAUGUGGUCCAGGAUUGUGUUUCAGGAGUUGACUCUCCCACAAUGGUAUCAGAAGAGGUUCUUGUCACUAAUUCAGAUACAGAGACUGUGAUUCAAGCAACUGGUGGUGUUCCUGGUUCUACAGUUACUAUUAAAACUGAAGAUGAUGAUGACGACGACGACGAAGAUGAUGAUGAUGUUAAGAGCACUUCUGAAGACUACUUAAUGAUAUCUCUGGAUGAUGUUGGGGAAAAAUUAGAGCAUAUGGGGAACACACCAUUAAAAAUUGGCAGCGAUGGUUCACAAGAAGAUGUUAAAGAAGAUGGAUUUGGUUCAGAAGUAAUAAAAGUGUAUAUAUUUAAAGCUGAGGCUGAAGAUGAUGUUGAAAUAGGUGGAACAGAAAUUGUCACAGAGAGUGAGUACACCAGUGGACAUUCUGUAGCUGGAGUGCUUGACCAGAGCCGAAUGCAGCGGGAGAAGAUGGUUUACAUGGCAGUUAAAGAUUCUUCUCAAGAAGAAGAUGAUAUCAGAGAUGAAAGAAGAGUUUCCCGAAGGUAUGAAGAUUGUCAAGCAUCAGGAAAUACCUUGGACUCAACAUUAGAAAACAGAAGUAGUACAGCAGCACAGUAUCUUCAAAUUUGUGAUAGCAUCAAUGCAAAUAAAAUACUUAAACAAAAAGCCAAGAAGAGGAGAAGGGGAGAAACCAGGCAAUGGCAAACAGCUGUGAUAAUAGGCCCUGAUGGACAGCCCCUGACAGUAUACCCUUGCCAUAUUUGCACAAAAAAGUUUAAAUCCAGGGGAUUCUUGAAAAGACACAUGAAGAAUCAUCCUGAUCAUUUGAUGAGAAAAAAAUAUCAGUGUACAGAUUGUGACUUUACAACUAAUAAGAAAGUGAGUUUCCAUAACCACUUAGAAAGCCAUAAGCUCAUAAACAAAGUUGACAAAACCCAUGAAUUUACAGAAUACACACGAAGAUACAGAGAGGCUAGUCCACUGAGUUCAAAUAAACUUAUAUUAAGAGACAAGGAGCCGAAGAUGCACAAGUGCAAAUACUGUGACUAUGAAACUGCAGAACAAGGACUGUUAAACAGACAUUUAUUGGCUGUUCACAGCAAGAAUUUUCCUCAUGUUUGUGUUGAGUGUGGUAAGGGCUUUCGACAUCCUUCCGAACUCAAGAAACAUAUGAGAACCCAUACUGGUGAAAAGCCAUAUCAGUGUCAGUAUUGUGUCUUCAGGUGUGCAGAUCAAUCAAAUCUGAAAACUCACAUUAAGUCUAAGCAUGGUAACAAUUUACCAUAUAAAUGUGAGCAUUGUCCCCAAGCAUUUGGUGAUGAGAGGGAGCUUCAGCGCCAUCUGGAUUUGUUUCAAGGACAUAAGACACACCAGUGUCCUCAUUGUGACCAUAAGAGCACCAACUCAAGUGACCUUAAGCGGCACAUCAUAUCUGUCCACACUAAGGAUUUUCCUCACAAAUGUGAGGUCUGUGAUAAAGGUUUCCAUCGUCCUUCUGAGCUCAAAAAGCAUACUGACAUCCAUAAGGGUAGGAAGAUUCAUCACUGUAGGCAUUGUGACUUUAAAACAUCAGAUCCAUUUAUUCUCAGUGGUCAUAUCCUUUCAGUUCAUACUAAGGAUCAGUCAUUGAAGUGUAAAAGGUGCAAGAGAGGGUUCAGACAACAAAAUGAGCUUAAAAAGCAUAUGAAGACCCACACUGGAAGGAAGAUUUACCAAUGUGAGUACUGUGAAUACAGCACUACAGAUGCAUCUGGUUUUAAACGACAUGUGAUAUCAAUACAUACAAAAGACUAUCCACACAGGUGUGAAUUCUGCAAGAAGGGAUUCCGAAGACCAUCAGAAAAAAAUCAACAUAUUAUGAGGCACCAUAAGGAGGCUCUUAUGUAGUAAGAUCAAUAUAAAGAGAAGCUAUUUAGAAAAUAUGGUAUGUUACAUGGGAGGAAAAUUUCACAAACUUUCAUCUGGUCACAAAGCUUAAAAGUAAAUCAUAACAUUAUUUCUAUAAAGAUCUUAAGAUAUUUUAAUUGACAGGGUAUCAUAGCCCUUUGAAAAUUACUUAAAAGAACUUAAGAGGCACCAUAGAAUGGUUGCAGAAAACUUAAGUGUUUACUUAAUAGAAUUACAUGCAUAAUCAAACUGCAGAGAGGAAGAAUGAAGAGGACUUUAUUUGGCCUAUCAUACUAAAGAUAAAUGUCUCUGAAAAGAUACAUAGCUGAGCAGUUUAGCAGUGCUUUGCUAUGGCAAGCAAACCUCACUUUUAUGCAAUUUUAGAAAUGGGGUGGGGAAAUAAAAUACAGUCAACCAUCAGUCAUUUAGUCAUUGAGCCUUUUAUAUAUGGUACCUGGAAAUUGAAUUCCAGAAAUGGCAAGUUUUGUGUAUUCAUUAGAAGAAAUUUCACUGGAAAACAGGUUAGAAUAAUUCAGUGCUAUUAAGAUUUUCAGAGCUGCUAAGAUUUUAUCACAGGAUAGGAUGCUUAAAAUAGAGCAUUCUGUGCUGAAGUCUGAGGUGAAGUCUAAGAAUUAAAGUUCCUUUUUUUCUGAUGGUCAAGUUGAUUGUUCACUAUGGCAUAUAUGACAAAAAUAUAUUGGAGUCAAAUGUGGCUUUCUAAAACAAAUGCAGCAUCAGUGUUGCAAACAAAGUUAGCACUAUAUUUCUUAAUGAUCUAAAUAUUAAACUGAGAACAGUUUUCUUAAAUAUUAUAAUGUUUAGAGGGUUUUUUUAGGACAGUCUUAGCAAGUAUCAUUGUUCUAGUCAUACUUGCUCUAACAUUUAAAGGUGCAAUUUUAUGCCAUUAUUGAAAGGUUUGAUUUUUAAAAUCUAUAUACCAUAUUAUUAAUAUGCAUUUUCAAUGUGAGGCAGUAUUUAUGCAGUAUUUAACAAAACACUAUGCUGCCCAUAGAGUUUGGAGGUGGAUAUUCAGUUUACAGUGUGUAAAUUUAAAAUAUGCAUCCCUUUAACAACGCUUUGUGUUAGCAUGCUGCAAAUCAAAACGGCGCUUAAUAUAAAAAGCUGGGUUUGGGAAAUUUAAUGAAAAUCCUGUUCAUAAAUGUAAUGCAUAUGAUGUGUACUUUUAAGUUUUAGUUGCUUCAUGUUUACACUCAACUGUUCAACAUAAUUAAAAUGUAAUUUUACUUCAUGAUAAAUUGUGGCUUUGUGUUUCAAAUAACGUUCGCCUUUCUGUUUUUGCACCAGAUAAGAAUCAGUUCCUUGAGGAUGAAUUUUUUAUCUUUCUUAACUUCAGAAAAUUAAAUUUGGAAAAUCUAAAAUUGUGUGUUAUGUGGCUGUAAAUGAUGUACACGCUGUAAAAUAAGAUUGUCACUGUUACGUGGGAUUAUUAUUUCUAAAUGUUACUCAUUGAAAUGAGCUUACAAUAAAAAGCAUUUAUUGCA